AUGCAGAACCCGCAGAUUGGCGGUAUCUGGAUUAUCCAUUUGUGCGCAGCUCCUAAUAAAGAAACUGAAGAAUUCCAGUCAUCGAAAACUGACUGGGAUACGGUCUCAGACAUCGCUCGUCGGCAACUGGACAUACUUGGGAAAGAGUCCAACAACAACUGCAACAACCACGUGGUUGAUAAAUACCAAAACCGACUGAAAUACCUGGGGUGGAUUGGAGACAAUAGUUUAAAAGCAGCGAAGCUCACGAAAAAUGCUGAAGAUACACCUGAUAGUGCGGCAACUACAAGUAUUUCGACACGGAAACCUACUUCAGGCCACGAGCAGAAGGAAUGA